GUUGUUGCCAUAAAACAGAUGAUGAGGAGACCUGUUCUGAGCAAAGUGUAUCUGUACAAGGAGAGUCACAGUGCAAACCCUCGCCAGCAACAGAGGGAAGCCAGUGGAGAGAAGCCCUGGAAAGAAGCUGUGGACAGGGCCUCAUUUGUGACCAGGUGCAGCUUCUACUUAUCAGGGCUGCCUUCAUCCAGUAGGGAGGGUGGGGAAGACUUGCCCGCCAUCUCAGAGCUUCUCCAACAGAAGGCCCCUGUCGACACUGAGGAGCCACACAGUGGCAGUGAGAGUUCCCAGAAAAUUCUCAGUGGAAAAUGUCAUAACAAGUGGGGUCAAUGUGAAAAUGCUGCCAGCCAAAACCAGAAAGUUGUUCAACAUAGCGUCUGCAAGGGAGAUGUGAAUUAUGCAUGGAAGAAAUCUGGAAAUAUUUUUAGAGGAAUCUCUAGCCUCAUUCGACAUAGGAAAAUUCACAGUGGAGAAAAGCCGUAUGAGUGUAGUGAUAGUGGGAAGGCCUUUGGAUAUAAGACUAACCUCAAUCAACACCAUAGACUUCACAUUGGAGAAAAGCCCUAUGUGUGUAGUGACUGUGGGAAGUCAUUCAGGUAUAUCUCUGUUCUUAAUCAGCACCAGAGAGUUCACACUGGGGAAAAGCCAUAUGAGUGUACUGAUUGUGGCAAGACUUUCAGUCAUAGGUACAGCCUCACUCUACACCGGAGAGUUCACACUGGAGAAAAACCUUAUAAAUGCAAUGAAUGUGGGAAGUCCUUUAAACAAAGGUGUACCCUUAAAGAACACCAGAGAGUUCACACUGAUGAAAAACCGUAUGAGUGUGGUGAAUGUGGGAAGUCCUUCAGACAAAGGCAUGCCCUCACUGCACACCAGAGAGUUCACACUGGAGAAAAACCUUAUGAGUGCAGGGAAUGUGGGAAGUCCUUUAGAGGAAGGUUUAACUUCACCGAACACCAGAGAAUUCACACUGGUGAAAAACCUUAUGAGUGCAGUGAAUGUGGAAAGUCCUUUAGUGGAAGGAGUAACCUCAAUGAACACCAGAGUGUUCACACUGAAGAAAAACCGUAUGAGUGUAGUGAAUGUGGGCAGUCCUUCAGACAAAGGCAUGCCUUCACUGACCACCAGAGAAUUCACACUGGAGAAAAACCUUAUGAGUGCAGUGAAUGUGGAAAGUCCUUUAGAGGAAGGAGUCACCUCAACGAACACCAGAGUGUUCACACUGAAGAAAAACCGUAUGAGUGUAGUGAAUGUGGGCAGUCCUUC